ACACAUGAAGUGCAUUUGUAUAUGUAGUGUCUAACUAGCUGAGCUAUUUAGCACAAUAUUCAUAGUCUGUUUAUAGCUGAGCUCCCAACUAUUAGCGCUACCAAGAGAGUAGCUUUGCAAGCAGUUUUAUAUAGCGGGUGAUGGCCAUUGACUACGGCAGAGUACCUGUGUGGAUGGACAACGUAUUCGAUAAUCCUCAAAGAUCACCUCAACUCUCCUUCAAAGUACGGUCAGAGGAUACUCUAGGCUCUCUGGAAGAAGUGUUCGAAGAGGAAACUAAUUUAGACACUGCUACUACCUCUACUACAGAGCAGAAUGGAUACCACAGACAGAGACUAGUUGUGAAUUCUGUUUCUGGGGAAGAUGGCUCAAGAUCUGCUUCGAGAUCCGUGUCAAGUUCGUGUGGGUCACCCGGACGACAGACACUUACCGUGUCCAAUCCUGACGUGACAGCCAAUGGAAUCUAUCUGUCAGCCCCCUCUAAGCGUAUCCACAGUGAGACGAACAUCCUCAAAGAGAGCCGUAUCAAGAAACUCAAGAGACGACUAUCGGAGGGUUUCCUGCGACUUAGUGUCAGUCCCAGCCCCAAAGACCCCUCCCCCUCCCCUCGUGAGAUCAGCCCCACCACCGCUGGGUCUGUCGAGAGACCACCUGCCAGUAAACGACGAACACAACGACCAAAAUCAUUGGCCUUUAGUCCCACAGAAGAGAUAAUCCCCACGGAAAGAACCUCUGUGUCUAGCCAACCCCCCUCGUACGCCACCAUUGGCCCCUCCCAUCCCAUCCGACCCCCUACCAAGGCAUUCGGGUCCACGGGAUCAAUACCGAGGAGGAGAUACUCUGAGGCAUCAUCUCCAUUUGGUCGCCUAGAGACAUACCAUAAGCUGGAAGCUCUGGGGGAGGGGUCGUACGCGACUGUGUACCGCGGUAUCAGUAACAUCAACGGACAGUCGGUUGCUAUGAAAGAGAUACGUCUCAACGCCGAAGAGGGGACACCAUUCACAGCCAUUAGAGAAGCCUCUCUGCUCAAAGGACUCAAGCAUGCUAAUAUUGUGACGCUGCACGACAUCGUACACACUGCCACCAAUCUAACAUUUGUCUUCGAAUGCGUGGACACGGACUUGAGUCGCUAUAUGGAGAAGCAUCCCGGACCAUUGGACCCACACAAUGUACAGCUGUUCAUGUACCAGUUGCUACGGGGACUGGCAUUCUGUCACAAGAGGAAGAUAUUGCAUAGAGACCUGAAACCACAGAACCUCCUCAUCAGCAACACUGGGGAGCUGAAACUGGCUGAUUUUGGGUUGGCCCGUGCCAAGUCAGUACCGACACAUACCUACUCUCAUGAGGUGGUCACACUCUGGUACAGACCGCCUGAUGUUCUCAUGGGCUCCAUUGAUUACUCCACACCUCUGGACAUGUGGGGUGUUGGCUGUAUAUUUGUGGAGAUGCUGACGGGGAAGCCACUGUUCCCAGGAAUCAAGGGAGUACCAGAUCAACUCAAUAAGAUAUGGGGUGUCCUAGGCACCCCCACAGAGGAGACGUGGCCGGGAGUGUCGUCCUAUCCCGAGUACAAACCAUAUCACUUCAAGAUAUGCCCGACAAGACAGCUGGAGGCAGUGUCACCAAUGCUGUCGACGUCCCUGAGAGCAGGUGACCUGGCUACUCACAUGAUCCAGUUGAUACCCUCUCGGAGGAUCUCCGCAAAUGACGCCCUUGAGCACGAGUAUUUUUCAUUGUUUCCCAAGUUUGUGAACACUAUUCCCGACAGUACCUCAAUAUACGUUGUUCCUGGUAUCACUUUCCACAGUUGAAAUUCUGCACACUCGGACUUAUUUUUAACUGCGUGUGUGUUCGUGUGUGUCUCCGCAUACUAUUAUUUUAUGUGUACCGCUCAGCGAUUCAUGAAUCAAUUUCCGACCAUAGCUAUAUUAUACUAUUCAGUGCACUUAUUUCGUCUGUUUUGUUGUCUGUGUUUUAAUAUAUAUAAUUGAGUGUUCUAAUUUGCAUAAAAUAAGGAGUAAUAAUUUUUUUUCUUGCAUACCGGA